AUGUCUGUCGGUAAAUUUUUGCGUAAGGACAUAGAAUCGCGCAACACGCGCAACAAUGCCAACAUCAUCAUCGACAAUGUCGUGUACGACGUCACCGAGUUCCUGCAAGACCACCCCGGCGGCGUGGACGUGCUGCUCGACAACGCCGGGAAGGACGCUUCCAAGUGCUUCGCCGAGGUCGGCCACAGCGACAUCGCACUCGAGUGGCGACAGAAAUUCGUCAUAGGGGAGGUGGUGGACGAAGACAAGUGGGAAGUGGAAAAAAAGGAAACCCACUCUCAGCAGGAGUCGGACCAGCUCUCGCUGAGUUCCGUUCUCAACGUUUGGGGACCGCCCAUCGCAUUGGGGUUACUCGCCAUGUUUCUCUAUUCCUGUUUCUUUUCCUAA